AUGUGGGUCGCAAAAUGUCGAGGGACGUUUCGCUGCGGUUCCAGCACGGUUGACUGCGGGCAGCCCGGAUUUAGCACGGGCAACUGCAGUUGUGAAGGGCGUGAGUACACCACCGUGCAUACACGGCCGCCGGUGGGCGCGGCGCUUGCGGUCCUCCUCCGGGGCGACAUCCGCGGCUCGGAGGCCGAUGGCGUGGAGUGCGCCCUCAGCAUCGAGCGGCACAUUGUGCAGCCGACCAACUCGAGCGUCUUCCUCACUGUGUACGAACAGCAGCGCGCCGUCGGCGAGCGCUUCGCGGCCGCCUUCGUGACCGGCCGCAUCGUGAGCUUCACUCACUCGAGCCGGCGGACGCAGUUCGACAACAUGUUCCUGUUGCUCCGCAUUCUCUCCGAGUAUGAGGCCGCGCACGCGGUAUCCUUCCCAAGCAUCCUCAUAGUGCGGAAGGACCUGGCCUUCAAGCAGAGCCUGCGUCCCUUUUUGCUCGACACACGGCUCUACAGCGACGACGGCGAGACCUACGGCAACACCUUCCUUGCGACUGGAUGCUGCAACGGAUCGCCAGUGCCAGCUUCGGGCAGCCCUUUUUGGCAGAAACAAGACGAGCACUAUGUUUGGCAAGACAUGUUCAACUACUGCUCCUUUGUCAAAGAUGGAAACCCCGCGGAAGAGUCGUGCAGUGUCGCGCUCAACGAACGAACGGACUGCGGCUUUAUCAACAUCACCGAGUCACAGUGCCAAAAGCGAGGCUGCUGCUGGGGGCCCAACCCGGAGGGGCAUGAUUACUGCUACUUCUCCGGACUGCAGCCUGCCUCACCGCAGGAAGUCGAUUUCUGUGGCUGUGGAGCCUCCAAACCGAUCAAGUGCAUCAUGCAGUCUGCCUGGGCAGCCUGCGCUGCCGAGGAGAAGGCGCAGCGGCGUCUGUCCUACUUGGAGGACAAAGCGAAGAGCGCACAGAAGGACGCCGCCACGGCUGCCGGGUGGGCUACCGCUGCCGGUGCGUCUGCCGCCGUCCUGCGCAAGGCCGCGAAGGCCGCGACGUUACAUCUAGCGGCGGCUGAAGGAAGAGAAGGCGAGGCACACGCAGAACGCGACCUGCUGUACCGGCAAGCCCAACGGGCUCACGCUCUUCUGCCGGUGCAGAGCUCGGUCUGGAUCCAGCUGCGGACGUUGCCGCUGCCGACGCCGACGCCAACCUUGUUGCUGCGACGGAGCAGGCGGACCGUGCUGCUGCUUCAAGGCGGAUACUGGCCGAAUUUGCUCAACGUGUGA